AUGGGCGACAGACAUAUGCAACCUAAUGUCCUAGAGCAAAUACUCGAUGGAAGCAUGAAGCCUAUGGAUCUACGUUUAGCUCUUCUAGAGAACAUCACGGACAAUUUCUCUGUAGAGCGAAAAAUUUGUGCCGGUGGAUUUGGGACUGUUUACAAGGGUGUUCUACGAAACGGGAAUGUUGCUGUGAAGAUGAUGAACAGCCACUCAAUCGAUGAGAAGCCAUUUCGUCGUGAGGUCAAUAGUCUCAUGAAAGUUAACCAUAUAAAUACAGUUCGGUUCCUUGGCUUCUGUUCUAACACAGAGCAUAAAGCUAUACAAAUUAGCGGAUCGGAAGAAUAUAUUUUUGCCGAGAUAAGACAGCGAUUGCUCUGUUUUGAGUAUAUCAGCAAUGGAGGCCUUGAUAAACAUAUUACGGAUGAAUUGAGGGGACUUGAAUGGAGCACAAGGUUUGACAUAAUUAAAGGAAUCUGUGAGGGCUUGCAACACCUUCACAAGGAAAAUGGCAUAAUUCAUAUGGACCUCAAGCCAACCAAUAUACUACUAGAUGAUCAAAUGGUACCAAAAAUCACUGAUUUUGGCCUUUCGAGACUCGAAGAAAACUCAUAA